CCGAAAUGUAGCUGCAUAUACAACUGCUCGCAUAAUUUUCCGGAUAUCGAUUGACAACAACAAAGGCUAUUAAUUAUAGAGUGCAAUAAUACUAUAUAAUAGACAAUUCCUGAAAUGUGAAUUGGACAAGGGGUUUAACUAACAAGCAGUAACAACCAGGGCCACUUCCUUCUCUGUGUUACAACCGUGUAAUUAGAUCGGAGCUCCUUGUCAUCAUAUAACUAUUAAAAUAAUACUCACUGUUAUAAUUUUGCUUUUCACUGGAAAACAUUUGAAGGGUGCAUUGGUGAAGGAUGAAAGAGCAAGGAGAUCCUUACCUCGUACAGAAUAACUCGCUACGACGAGUGCCACCGAAUUUUCAUAUACAAAUAUCUUUGACUAUGAUCAAGUAUUUUGGUACGUGGCCACCAAAGGAUAAGUUUCGAUUACUGUAUCUGGUCUAUUCGGCUUUGAUUUUUAUCUUCAUGCUGGGGGUCUAUCUCAGUGUUCAAUUCAUCAACCUCAUCAUCAUUUGGGGUGAUGUACAAUGCAUGGUAGCUAGUGCUUUUCUACUGAUGACAAACAGUGUUCAUGCUUAUAAGAUACUUGUCAUUCUGAGAAAUCAAAAACGAAUUCAAAAGAUUCUCAGUAUGCUGGAGAGUGAGAAAUUUUCAAAAGAUACGGAUAAAUUCGAGAGAAUAUUUACGUGGUACGCUUGGCAGGGGAUAUAUCAUCAUAUGAGAUAUCAGAGCUUAGGUACGAUGGCUGUAUUUUGCUGGGGGUUUACCCCCAUCCUUGCCGCUAUUUCAGGUGAAGUUCGGCGAUUGCCUAUGGAAGCGUGGUAUCCUUAUAACACCAAGGACACACCAGCUUUUCAAAUAACCUGUGCACAUCAGAGUUUCGCCAUUACACUCGGAUGCUUUCACAACAUAUCAAUGGAUACAUUGAUCACAGGAUUGUUGAAUGUUGCCUGCUGUCAGUUGGAGGUCGUGAAACACAAUAUUCUAGAACUCGAUGUGGCUGAAAGACUGAGAAAUAUUGAGGAGGCGAUGUUGAAGCAAAAAUUGCAUAACAGCAUUCAACAUAGUAUUGAUGUUAUGGGUUUCAUCGUAGAAGUCAAAAAUAUUUUUGGACAUGUCGUCCUUGUGCAACUUCUCGUCAACUGCAUUAUCAUUUGUUUAACUGCAUUCCAUAUUACCCAGAUGACGGUGUUCAUUCCUGUUGAAACAUUCGGCAUGAUAACUCACAUGUGCUGCAUGACGUAUCAGAUAUUCAUUUAUUGCUGGCACGGGAAUGAACUCAGCCUCCAGAGCCAAAGCCUGUCUCAAACGGCCUUCUCCAGCAACUGGUGGAAAUUUGAUAAAAAAAUGAAUAACGAUUUGAGAAUAGUUAUUACCCGAUUUUGCAAGCCAAUUACUUUUAUGGCCGGGCCUCUCCUGGAGCUUUCCUUGCAAACUUUCGAAUUACUUGGUGACAUUGCAAAUACCCGGGAGGGAACCUCGCGUCUUCACUUCGUGAUUCUAUGUCAUAACAUAAAAAACUAUAACAACAUUGAUUUAUAUAUCCAUAACUUUUCUAUUGAAAUAUGUACUAUAAAACUUUAUCGACAAAAGGUAUGAAAUUUUUCUUAGAAAAACGGGCACUUUGUUAGUAGAUUUAUGAUGUACUUUGUAUUCAUUUGCUGUUUCUUUAAAAAAAUUUCUGAAUUUGUGCAUUCUCUUAUAAAAACUUAUAAAUCAUUUUAGAUUGGCA